UCAUUCUUAUUUUAAAAACUUUACUAAUGUAUAUGAAGCACAAAGUCCGCCCACAGUGAGCUGGUAAUGAAGCCACGCCCCCUCCGCCCCGCGCGCACUGUGUCAAUGAAAAGUGCUCAGUGAAGCAGUCGCGCGUCUGUGCAGAUAAAAGUGUCUCGUGAUUUGAAGAUGUAAGAAGAUUUACUUCAGAGAAAACUCGACAUUAAUUUCUGUUAGUUCCCGAUAUUCCCCAAACGUUUAAAGAGAAGAAAACUCGAGAGAAAAAGUCUCUGGCGAUGCUGUUCACGUCAAGCUCAGGAUGGAGUGAAUCAGUCAUCUGUGAAUGAGGAGAAAACACAUCAGCGGUGAAGAGUGUUAUUGUGAAUGGCAAAAGUCAUGGCUCACUGGUUUCGUUCUGUUUGGAGAAUCUGGUUAUUGGUUCCGCUGGUUCUGGACCGUCUGUCUAUAGGACAGAAUCUGAAGGCCACCCGAUGGCCUCUUCAUCCUCACAAGCCUGUGAUUCUCAUCUGGAAUGCCCCAACAGAAGACUGCAGACCCCGACACAACGUCCACUUUCAACUUAACCAGUUUCAGAUCGUAGCUUCUCCUAACGAAGGUUUCACCAAGCAGAACCUCACAUUAUUCUACCGAGACCGUCUGGGUCUGUAUCCCUACUUUAAGGCAGACGGCACUUCUGUCAAUGGUGGAUUACCGCAAACGGCCAGCCUCACAGAGCACCUGGAGAAGAUGCCGGACGGCAUUGAAAAAUACAUCCGUGACCCGUCGGCACGAGGUCUGGCUGUUAUAGACUGGGAAGAAUGGCGCCCCCUAUGGAUGCGAAAUUGGGAUGCCAAAGAUAUUUACAAGAGCCAGUCUCUCUCUCAGGUGGCCGAGAAAAACCCAAGCUGGACUUCAGGGAAGAUAUCCAAAGCAGCUCAACAGGAGUUUGAGAUGUCCAGUCGUAGAUUCAUGCGUGAAACUUUACGUCUGGCCAAAAGCUUACGUCCCAACCAGCUCUGGGGCUUCUACCUCUUUCCUGACUGCUACAAUCACGACUAUCGCAACAGUCUGGAGAACUACACGGGCCGCUGCCCGGAUGUCGAGGUAUCUCGGAACAACCAGCUGAAAUGGCUGUGGACCGAAAGCACGGCUCUUUUCCCGUCAGUAUACAUGAGCUCAGUGUUGCGGUCAACAUCCUCCGGUCGCCAGUUUGUCCGGAACAGGGUGAAGGAGGGCAUGAGACUGGCAUCGGACGGCGAGGGACUGGCACGUCCCGUUUUCAUCUACACCCGUCCCACUUAUGACAACAAAUCAGAAUUGCUGUCUGAGAUGGAUUUGGUGUGGACCAUUGGAGAAAGCGUGGCUCUGGGAGCAGCUGGGAUUAUAUUCUGGGGUGAUUCGACUUGGGCCAGCACUAAUGCAAGCUGCUUCAGUCUGAAUCAGUACCUGCAGGGUCCGCUGGGCCGAUACCUCCUCAACGUCUCCACGGCAGCCGAGCAGUGCAGUCGAUUCGUGUGCAGUUCGCACGGGCGCUGUCUGCGCAGACACCCGGACACGGACACAUAUCUCCACCUGGACCCUCACGCACACACGGUGAUGGGUCAGGGGAGAGAGAUGCACGUGACGGGAGAUCUGAGCGCAGAUGAACAGAUGAGGAUGAAGCAGGACUUUCAGUGUCAGUGUUACAGCAGCUAUCAGGGUGAGAGAUGUGAUGUUGAGGAUCCUCUUCAGCAGCGGGGCGAGGGACAUGCACUUACAGCGCUGUGGGUUUACUCUCUCACCCCAUUGUUACUUCAGAUGUUUGUCUGAGACCUUGAGAGUCAUUUAUAUCUAAAGAAUAAUGACCUUCUUCUGUACAAUUUUCAUCCUGUCUGAUCACGUUUUCAAUUUUAAUUUCGGAGAAUCGUCAUGUUUUGUUUAAUAGAAGGAAGGCAUGAAGCGACACGGAAGUGACAUUUUUAUUUCCUUUUCCUUUCGUGUUAAGGAGAAGGAAGUCAUGCGGGUUUAUAAUGCAGUGAGGGCGAUGACAGAGUCUUUUAUUAUUUGAUGCAGUUUGUUGAUUUUUUUUCACGUGUGAAAUGUAUUGUGGGUCAGUGUUGCGUGUGUGAGCUUUACAUUAACAUUACAAACACAGAAUGAUUUCAAGAGAUGAUGAUGUUGUGUGGCUGUGAUGUUUCAUUGGGAUUAUGUGUAAUGUGUUGAUGUUGUGUUGAUGUCCAGCUCGCGUGUCAUUUCCUGAUCACUGCUGUUUCCUGUGCUCCAGGAAAAAAAAAAAAGAUAAUCGGACCGUUAUUUAUAUCCUGUUAUUUAAGACAACAUUGAGCAACUGUGGAUCGUCUUUUCUUUCCCAGACUGUUGCCGUUUGUAAAUAAAAGUGUUUUCACAUGCCGGUCUGUAUGCAUACAGUAUUUGUAUUGUUCUGUAUGUUUGUCAAUGUUAUUGAUGUGACAGCACUUAUAUGAAAUUAUGUGAAAGGGUUAAAGACUGUGAGAAUAUUGUCUGCUGUUAUGAUAUCACAAGCUGAAACUGUUGGGACUGUACGAACUAGAUUGAAGCACUAUUUCUGCUUUUAAGAACAUUUUUUAACCAAUAAAUGUGUAUUUUUGUUGACUUAUUAAAGAAUUGUAGAUUUAAUUUGUUAUGUAGUUAUAUUGUCAAACAUAUUUUGUUCUAUUCACACAAUGAACUAGUGUUUUUAGUUUGUGGAGCGCUGCCUGAGAGAAGAACUCAACUAAAGAGGAACACAUAAACAGACGCCAGCGCAUGAAUCUGUUCAGCCCAAAUUACAGGCUUUACAAGCCAACAAGUUAUAUUUGUCGCCUUUAAUUCUCAACGAAGGAAAGUUUAUUUUUGCAUAUCUUUGGCUCUAAAAAGACAGAUUUUUUAGGACAUAGUUGAAGAUUUGUAAUGAAAUUAAAUAUCUCUUGUAGAUCAUCAUUUGCUCAUCUCAGGUCUUUAACAACAAACAAUAAGUCUUAAGAAUAU